UGGUCGUCCACGCCGCGGCCAUUUCUUCAUCCACCGCGCACCCAACAUGCAGAAAGCCAUUGAGAAAGUCGUGCGCCGCUCCAAAAAUGACUUGCCGAACGUCCGCCGCGCCAAGAUCAACGAGGUGAAGAAAAAGACCAAGAUCCAAUCGAAGUUGACCAUGGAACUGCGCCGAAACCGCGAGGAUUACGCCAGACAGAUCACUGGUGUGUUCAAGGAGGCGCGAAAAGAGGCUCGAAAGAGCUUUAAAGAAGAUUGGGAGUUGGGCCCGCUAGCACCACGUCGCGAUGCGGGUGACCGCUUGAACACCUACGGUGCCAUUGAUCCCAUUGCAUACCGACUUCCUGAAGUCAAGGAGGAGGGUUGGACAAAGUGGUUUCCCAUUGCAGAGGGUGACCGCGUCGUUGUGAUGAGGGGGCGGGAGAAGGGCAAGAUCGGGGUUGUCUCGGACGACUUCGACGAGACCAGGGAGUCUGUGACAGUGUCAGGACUCAAUCGCCAUUACGUUGCUCUCCCCCACAAUAUGCGGGAAACGAACAAACAGGAUAUUGCUCCCUUUGAGCGGGCUUUUCACAUCGACGACCUCCGACUAGUGUUUCCUCUGCCCGACCCUAUCACCGGCAAAAUUCGAGACACAAUCAUCGACAAGCUCAUCCACGUCCCCAUCGUCCCCGAGGGGGGAAACCUCAAAAGAAGAUAUGCAGUAUCUAAGGGCUCUUUAGCUCACAGAGCCGCUUUUGAUCUGUGGAAGCGCGAACAAGAAAGAGGUCUACGAUUGAUCCCAGGCACACAUACCGUUAUUCCCUGGGUCGAGAAAGCUGCGGCCCCGCCCGAGUUCCACGCAGAUAACGACACUCCUAAUAAACUGCGCGAUCAAGUCACUUUCGAGCCCUCAUUGAUCCACGCUCCUAUGCCGUUGAAAGUGAUCGAUGAGCUGCGCAACAAAUACAGCAAAUUCCGAGCCCGACCCGAGUAUGCGGCCAAAUUGGCUGCGAUAGAGGCCAAGAAGGAGGCCCGCGAGGCCCGUGCGAUUGCAAUGAUGACCACACCACGACAAGCCCUUGCGGCACUGAACGCGGCGAAGAGCGCAGAGGCCGCUCCAUCCCGGGAGUUGAACGAGGCACAGCUGGCCAAGAUUGGUGAAUUGAUGGUACAGGCGCGGCAGAGGAUAUCAUCCGAAGCGCGAUCGUAAUGUGUGGGUAGAGCAAGGCGCGGAGUUGUAUGUAGAGCUUUUGGAUUCUGUGCUAUAGCAUCACUGGGAGGAUGCCACCAAAAAACCCACCUUCAGGGCCAUGUAUGAAUACCUACUUUUCGAUUGUAGAAUUAGUGAUGAAUUGUUCACUUCGUUCAGAUUACCAUCAAACC